UACAUAUACUCAUGAUGUAAGAGAUCAUGAGACACUUAGAUUGCACACAGGUUACACACACACACACACACACUCUUGAGCCCCACCCCUAAGCCACCUGUACUGCAGUGAGUCAAAAGUUCAGAAGGGUACAGUCCCAGAUAGGGUGGCCAGUAGACUCUAUAAAGGACUCUAACUCACUACAACUAACUUACCACAACUUCAAGACUCACAGCAUCUACUGAAGAGCAAGACAAUAUCAUCAACACUAAGAUUUAAACAACACUGAAGUCAAUGUCUGCUUCCUUCAGAGGCUAUUAGAGGGAAGUGACUGAUUUCAUUACAAAAUGGCUUCUGGUUCAUCUUUCCAAGAGGAGGAUCUCUCCUGUCCUGUGUGCCGUGACAUCUUCAAGGAUCCCGUUCUAGUGCCGUGUGGCCACAGCUUAUGUGAAACCUGUCUGCGGGAAACCUGGAAACAAAGGGAAUCUCGGGAAUGUCCGGUCUGCAAGAGAAAAUGUUCCAAAGACUGGUAUCCUCCUAACCUUGCUCUAGAGAGCCUGUGUGAGGCCUUCUCACAGUCACAUAUAGGUAGUCAGAAAUCAACAAGCAAGAUAAGCUCUGCACUCUGCAGUCUGCAUGGAGAGACACUGGAGCAGGAGGACAAACAGCCUGUCUGUUUGGUGUGGCAGGAUACAAGACAACGUAACCACAAACCGCUAGCUGAGGCUGUACAGGAUCAUAAGGAGGAGCUCCAGACUGCCCUGAAGCCCUUUCAGGAGAAACUGGAAGUCUGUAAUAAAGUUAAACUAAGCUGUGAUCAAACAGCUUGGCAUAUUAAGAGCCAGGCACAGGACACAGAGAGGCAGAUUAAGGAAGAGUUUCAGAAGCUUCACCGGUUUCUACAAGAGGAGGAGGAGGCCAGUAUAGCGACACUGAGGGAGGAAGAGGAGCAGAAGAGUCAGACGAUGAAGGAGAAGAUUGAAGAGAUGAACAGACAGGUAUCAUCACUUUCAGAUACAAUCAGAGCCAUAGAGGAGGAGAUGAGAGCUGAGGACAUCUCAUUGCCGCUGAACUACAAGGCCACAGUGAAAAUAGCCCAUUUCACACUGCCGGAUCCACAGCUGGUCUCAGGUGCGCUGAUAGAUGUGGCCAAACACCUGGGCAACCUACAGUUCAGAGUCUGGGAGAAGAUGCAGGGGAUUGUGAAAUACAGUCCUGUGAUUCUGGACCCAAACACCGCUUACCGAUAUUUCGUCCUGUCUGAGGAUCUGACCAGUCUAAGAUUCUGUGCGAGUCAGCAGCUUCCUGACAACCCAGAGAGGUUUGGUUACAAUGCAUUGGUCCUGGGCUCCGAGGGCUUUAACUCAGGGACACACAGCUGGGACGUUGAGGUUGGGGACAGCACAGUCUGGUCCGUGGGUGUCGUACAAGAGUCUGCCCAGAGGAAGGGAAACAUGAAGCCUGAAAGGUGGAUUGUGUAUUAUAGUGGAGGUAAAUACAGAGCAUGCCCCGCAUCAGGGCCAGGUGUUCCUAUCACAAUGAGACCAAAACCCCAGAGGAUCAGAGUGCUGCUGGACAGGGACCGAGGACAGCUGUCAUUCUCUGACCCUGAUAAUAACACACACCUGCACACAUUCACACACACCUUUACUGAGCAAGUCUUUCCAGCCGUAGGUCACGUCUCUAAAGUUCACCGUCUGAGGAUCGUACCAAGGAAGAUCUCUAUAAAGAUGGAGUAGACUCUCAAAACCGUCUGUGGAGUCCGAACGGUUCGGCUUACAAACUAUUAUGACGACUCUAUGGAAAGAUGAGACUCUCACGAACAUGUACAUGUCGGUUGUUUUCCUCACAAGACUCAUCUAAAGGUCCCCCUGUACAAGUCUUUGUUUUAAUUAUGGAAGUACAAUGCCUUCGGAAGUAUUCAGACCCCUUGACUUCUUCUAUAUUUUGUUACGUCACAGCCUUACUCUAAAGUCAAUUUAGUAAAAUUAAAAUUCACAAUUCUCUAAGGAACAAACUGCCUUAGGAAUGUUUUGGGAAACUAUCUGUUAUUCAAUGUGUUUCUAUUGGCUAAUAGCAGUAAGGACUAUCUGUCAUUCAAUGUGUUUCUAUGGGCUAAUAGCAGUAAGGACUAUCU